UCCCUUCCUUCAGGAGCAAGGCAGCUGUUCUUCUCUUCAGAACACCGAGACACCAACACUCUCCAUCCCAUCUGUUUCCUGAAUGUCCCAGCUCAGAGGAGUCCAUAGAGAGCUAUCACAGUGACCUUGCUCCUAGACAAGAGGUGACAUCACAGGAGGACCAUUGGAGCAGGAGCAGGUAUCAUCAAUAUUUUCCAGGCAUGGGUCAGACUUCAUCUACUACACCCCCUGCAAAAAAGGAUCCUGAUUUGACCUCCAGCUUGGGCACAAAUCCUCAGAAUUUCAAGCUGAAAACCAAAAUCCUGUCUCAGGAAUUAAUCACCUUCAUUGAAUCAUCCCUAGAGGAAGGAAACCUUCGGGAAACAGUUUCUUCAAUCAGCAGUGCUCUGGGUGACAUUGAGAAAGCCCCACUGAACAUUGCAGUGAUAGGGGAAAUGGGGGUUGGAAAGUCCAGUCUCAUCAAUGCUCUACAGGGAGUAAAAGCGGAUGAAGAAGGUGCAGCUGCUACUGGGGUGGUAUGUACAACCACUGAGAGAACACCAUACGCAUAUGCAAAAAUUCCCAGUGUGACACUAUGGGACCUGCCUGGUAUUUCAUUUUUUGCCUUGCAUCCAUAUAAUUUUUUGAAGAAAAUCAACUUUGAGGAAUAUGACUUCUUCAUUAUUGUCUCUUCUGGACGCGUUAAACUUGAUGAUGAAAACCUUGCCAAAACCAUUGUGCAAAUGAAUAGGAGUUUCUAUUUUGUUCGAACCCAUACAGAUAUUGAUCUAAAGAUGGAAAAGAAGUUUAAACCUAUGACAUUCAAUAAAGAGAACACGUUAAACAAGAUUAGAAAUACUGUUUCAAGUAUACUUAAGGAGGUUACCCACCAGGAGCCUCCAGUCUUCUUAGUCUCUAACUUGGAUGUGUCUGACUUUGACUUCCCAAAGUUGGAAACCACCCUUCUGAGAGAGCUCCCAGCCUACAAACGACACAUGUUCAUGCACACUUUGUCAAUUGUUACGGAGUCCACUGUAGACCGGAAGAGGGAUAUGCUGAAACAAAAGAUCUUGAAGGAAUCCAGAAUGCCAAGGGCUACCAUGCCACUGAGGGGACUGACCCAAAAUGACCUAGAGAUGUUGGAACAGACUUUGAAUGACUAUAGAUCUUCCUUUGGCCUGGAUGAGGCAUCACUGGGAAACAUCGCUGAGGAUUUGAACGUGACACUGGAGGAACUCAAGGCAAACAUUAAGUCUCCACAUUUGUUCUCACAUGAGCCUGGUACAUCCAUAACAGAUAAAUUAUUGAACUACGUUAGACAUUCUUCCUUUUCAAAAGUUUUCCACUUGCAAAAUUAUUUCAUAGACACGGUUGCUAGCGAUGUUAAAAUUAUCCUCAGUAAAGAAGAGCUUUUGACAGAGAAGCACCCUCCACUGAACAAAGCUACAUGCAAGCCUUCCUCUUGCAGCCCCUCUCGUUUAACUGCUCAAAUGUUGGCAUUCAGCUUUGAAAAUUUUUUUAAGAAUUUCAAGAAGGAAAGCAAACUCCUCUCUGAGGAAACCAUCACCUUGAUUGAAUCCCAUCUGGAAAAUAACAACCUUCAGGGAGCACUGUCUGAAAUUAGUCAUGCUCUGAGAAACAUUGACAAAGCCCCACUGAACAUUGCUGUGACUGGAGAAACAGGAACUGGAAAAUCCAGCUUUAUCAAUGCCCUGAGGGGAGCGAGGGAAGAAGAAGGAAGUGCAGCCCCCACUGGGGUGGUAGAGACAACCAUGACGAGAACUCCAUACCCACACCCAAAGCUUCCCAAUGUGACAAUAUGGGACCUACCUGGCAUUGGGUCCACUAAUUUCCCACCACAAAACUACCUAACAGAAAUGAAGUUUGGUGAGUAUGACUUCUUCAUUAUCAUCUCGUCUACACGCUUCAAAGAACUUGAUGCACAUCUGGCCAAAGCCAUCGCAAUGAUGAACACAAAGUUCUACUUUGUCCGAACCAAGAUAGAUCAAGAUGUCAGUGGCGAACAGAGAAGUAAACCAAAGUCUUUCAAUAGAGACAGUGUCUUAAAGAAAAUUAGAGAUGACUGUUCAAAGAAGCUUCAGAAGGUUCUCUCCAGUCAGCCUCCACUCUUCUUAGUCUCUAACUUUGAUGUGUCUGACUUUGACUUCCCAAAGCUGGAAACCACCCUACUGAGUGAGCUCCCAUCCCACAAGCGCCACAUCUUCAUGAUGUCCUUGCACAGUGUUACUAAGACUGCCAUUGACCGGAAGAGGUAUUUCCUCAGACAGAAGAUCUGGCUGGAGGCCCUGAAGGCUGGAGUAUGGGCCACCAUUCCACUUGGGGGCUUCAUCAGAGAUGAAAUACAGAAGUUGGAGGAGACCUUGAAUCUCUACAGGUCUUACUUUGGUCUGGAUGAAGCCUCACUGGUAAAUAUUGCCAAGGAUUUCAAUGUGUCUGUGAAUGAAAUCAGGGCACACCUUAAGUGUCUCCAUUUGUUAACAAAGACCAAAGACGUGUCCUUCAAAGAAAAACUGUUGAAAUAUAUUGAAUUUAUUUCCUAUAUUAUUGGGGGACCACUUGCCUCAGGCCUUUACUUUAGAAAGACUUACUAUUGGAAAAGUCUCUUUAUUGAUACUGUGGCAAGUGAUGCCAAGUCUCUCCUUAAUAAGGAAGAGUUUUUAUCAGAGAAGCCAGGUUCAUACAUGUCUGAUUUCCCUGAAUACUGGGAAACAGGAAUGGAGCUGUGAGUUACUAACCUUUGGACUAGCUUUGUGCCCCAACUUAAAGCCCAUUUUUUAGCAGCAAACAUUUUGGGAGAAUGGCCAGAGGAUUCAUGUCUUUUAGAGAUAGAAUAUCAAUGUAGCAAGUGGACACAGAGUUGUCCACAGUAUAAGAACUGUCUUCCAUUAAGUUAUCAUUAUGAAAAUAUAUGGUUGUAUACAUGUGACUUACAAAUUUUUUGUCUAAUUAAACUUGGAUCAUUUGUCCCACAGAAAUUCCCCAAGCAGUGCCACACUCUCCUAAGAUGAAGAAGUUAGUAGACUCUGUAACCGUUUGUGCUUUUUAUAUCCGUCUCAGUUCCCAAAUAAUGACACAGAGAUUCAUUUAUUUAUGCAUUAAUGCUUAUACCUUAGGUAAGCUUGUUCUCAAGUUAGCUUAUAACUAAAUUAAUCUGUUUAUACUGUUCUAUGUGAGGCUUGUUGCCUCUUCUCAGUUCCAUAUAUUCAACUUGAUCCACAAUUUGGUGUUUAAUCUCUUUAGCCUGACUCUAUCCCAGAGUGUCUGUCUUUGUCUGUUUCUCUCUC